GAGCAUUGCUGGGCCUCCUGCCAGCUCCACUAUGUUUCUUGUCUUCUGCCAUUUUGCCCCAACACCCUCUUUUCUCUCCGCACAUUCAUGUAAAAUGCCUCUGUCUGUCUGACUGAUUUCCUUUAUGGCACAAUGGUUGGCAGUCAUGAUCUUCCCGAAGUACCACGAUCUGAACCCGUCUUCCCUCCGUUAUCGCAGGAGCUUCCUUCCUCUCCACCGUCAAUAGUAUCAGAUGCUGGUGUCCGACGCAAGCCCAAGAAGCCACCCCCCGUUACCCCACGGUCAUUCAGAAAGUUCUUUACCCCUCGUUCCAUGCUUAAUGGAGGGAGCAACACUAGCGAUGUGAGGACGAACCGGCAGGCCUUGAAGGCCUUGAGUUCUCCGGCUGUCAAUCGCUUGGGCCCAGCUUUCACAAGAACAUUAAAGGCUGUUGAAACUAGGCCUGAACCUUCAGAUAUUCUGCGCACUCCUAGUAGGAAGCGGAAGUUUUCAUUUUCUUCGAUUAGCUCUCCAUUUCAGUCAUCUCCUUUGAGGAAGGUCCGCGUGAGACAUCCAAUUCAAGAUAAUGAAGAGGUAAAUGUCACUGUUCGAGAUCUCGAAGUGGGAAGCGAGGUACAGACGAGCGAAUUGAAACCACAUGAUACUGUGAAACCACUUCGUCAAGUAUCACCCAUUCGACGAUCGCAGGCACUGCAGACAUCUGGGCAGCUUUUCAUGCGAAAUGUUACAGGCGCACGGGCAAAUCGGGUAACUAUUCGAGCUAAUUCCGGAACUGAUUGGCAGAAUUUGACAUCAACAUUCUACUCUCGGCCCUCUGAUAGUCAUACCUGUGCCAGCUCUACCGGGGAUCGACUUGCUCUUCCUUUUUGCACUGCAUCUUGUAACACAAACACCCUCGUUGCGGUGGGCGAUGAAGAAGGAGGCAUUCGACUGUUGGAUUCUGCCAAAGAUGACAAGAAUGGGUUUUCAAAAGCCUACCUUUCAUUUCGGCCUCAUAUGAACGCCAUCAUGGACCUUGAGUUUUCAUCAGACGAUAUGUUACUAGCAACAGCUUCCGGAGACCAAACAGCCUUGGUCAUUGAUAUGACUACUCAGAAACCGAUAUACUGCUUGUCAAACCAUGUUUCUUCCGUGAAACGAGUGCAGUUUCAACCAUCAGCCAACAACAAAGUUCUCGCAACUUGUAGUCGGGAUGGGAAUGUUAAUAUUUGGGAUCUACGCUGCAAAGGUUUCGAGAAACCUUCCCUUCAAGUUAGAUGUUCGCUCGAAUCCGACUCUGAGCAUUCUGCUACUCCCGUCACCUCCAAAAUGACUUAUCCUCAAGUUUUGAACACAAUACAUGGCGCACACGCCUGGAUGCCUCAAGUGCCCGCUUCGGAGAAGCUAGAGCCUCAAGUAGGGCGUUCCGACAUUACUGUAACUUCUCUGGCCUUCCUUCCACCUGGACGCGAAAAUUUAUUUGUCACAGCAUCCGAAGCCAAUGCCUGUGUCAGGCUAUGGGAUUUGCGAACGGCACAUAACAACCGUCGUGGCAGACCCGUCCUUCCUCUUUCAACUACACGAGAACCUGACAGUCAUAUUAAAUAUAGGCGCUUUGGACUCACUUCCAUGACGCUAGGUGGAGAUGGCUCAAGACUCUACACCUUAUGUCGCGAUGGUACUGUAUACGCUUAUUCGACAUCCCAUCUGAUUCUUGGACAUGCACCAGAGCUCUCCUUGAACAACGAUCGUCCUCGUCGUUCCGGUGGAUCUGAUAAAGAAGGUCUUGGCCCCUUGUAUGGUUUCCGUCACCCCCGAUUGCAAGUUGCAUCGUUUUAUGUUAGGACAGCGGUCCGAAAGGCUGCCAGCGAUAAACCAGAGAUGUUGGCUGUUGGGAGCAGUGACCACUGUGCUGUUCUGUUCCCCACCGAUGAACGAUUUCUUCAUUCCGCUCCAAAGCCAACAGCGGAGGUGGAUCUUCCUCAGAACCCGAUGCACCUCACUCGCUCUGGUUUACGCCGUACAAACUCUGGGACUGGCUUAUCUGGACGGCUGGAAGAUACUAUCCCAAUAUACCAAUCCGGAACGCCCUUGGUCGAAGGCCACAAAAAAGAGGUUUCGGCUGUGUCGUGGACCGUAGAUGGUGAGCUCAUCACAGUCAGUGACGAUUACUCUGCCAGAUGUUGGCGUGAAGGGCCUGACGCCAGAGACCUUCGAGAGGGUGGUGAGGCAGAGGGUAGACGAUGGCGCUGUGGAUGGGCUGAUACGAAAGACUUCUAUGACGACGAAGAUGAAUGAUUUUCUUAAGGGGCUAGGGAUUUAUUGUUUGAUAUUUGCUGUCUUUUAAGCAUUUUGGCGUCAUGGCAUAUUUCAGUGGUGGUUAGCGGGCGUUUGAUUCCCUUGGAAGAGGGUUUGAUGUUUAUUGUUCGGCAUUGACUGCAGAGUACAUGGUAAGGAAUGGGGAGCUAUUUACUACUUUUUUCUGGAACUUCUGUCUAUAAGAAUUACAGCGGUUGGAUGCAUGUCGAUGGUUUACCCAGUGACAGAUUGGUGUUCAAGCAAUUCAUUGGUGAUAGAAUCCAUAAUAAUGGCUAUGCAAAUUACUUUAUACUAAAGCUGGGAGUAGACAAGCUUGUCCUG